AUGAAUGACCUCAACGGCCUGGACUGGUCUUCCAAACCAGCCACAGGCCACAAGCCAGGGCAGGGGAACUAUUCCGCCUUUUCUUCCCUGAAGCCAGGUCCGACUCCGCCAGUCUCAGGUCGAGCGUCACCUUUGGCGAGCAACGCUCCGCAGCCGUCGCUUCCCAAGAGCCCUGCACCUUCUAACGACAGCUUCGCAAACCUUGUGGCAUUCUCCAGCAGCAGCGACAACAAGAAUCUGUCCCUCCAAGAGCAGCAGAAGCUGCGAGAGCAGAGCAAGCUACAGCAACUUGUGGGACAGAGGCAGCAGUUGCAGAACCAGUGGGCUGGCAACGAUGCUGUAUGGAACAAUCUCGGUAGUGGGAGGAGCACACCGGCCCUACAGAACACGAAUGGUACACCUCUAUCCGCUCACCAGAAGGUUGAGGGAGACGAUGACCUAUUUGCUGCCUUCAACGGGCCGACCACGAGCAACCCCAAGUACACUCCUUCGGCUGCACACUCACAAUCGAACCCCGAGGAGGAUGAUCCAUUCGGCCUGAUACAGCUCGCGUCGCGGGAGGCCGUCAAUCCAGCAUUGAACCAGUCUCCGGUGGCUGACGACGAUGAUAUCCUUGGAGACUUGGGCAAGCCUAUACAAGAAAGAGCACCUCCAAGAAGAGAGCCGGUCAGACGACAACCUAGUCCUGAGCCUCAAUCAACAACCGAUCAUCCUCAAGACAAAGCUGUGGCAGAGCUAGUGGAUAUGGGCUUUCCUGUCGGCAAGGCUAGAAGAGCAUUGGAAGCCACGGAUACCGGACUCAACGUGCAGGCUGCUGUUGGACUUUUGCUCAAUCAGGCGCACGAAGAAGCAAAGCAGAAAUCGAGAGGGCGCAACCCAGCUCGGUCGCAGGAAAGAUUCGAAGAGCAAGAUAUAGCUAGAUCGCGACACAGAGCAGACCCAGACGACCAUCGCUCAGCCACUACUCAAAGGGACCUUUCGGCCACACUGUCCACCGAUCCUGCGAAAGCUGCUCAAGAUUUCGGUACUGCUUUCAUCAAGUCAGCUGGCUCUUUCUGGAAGCAAGCACAAAAGCAGGUUCAGCAAGUGGUAAAGGACUUGAACUCCGACACCGAGUCUGGUGCUAGCACACCUAAAUGGAUGCAAGAGCCAGCUGCUCCACAAAGAUCUAGGGCGGAUGAACGUGGGCGGCAGCAAGAAAAGCCAAACCUAAGGAAACAGCAAUUAAAUGUCACCGACGAAGCGCUCAUGCUCGAUUCGCAGCGACCUACUCCUCCCCCUCGAGCACCGCCACGUUCAAGACCUGAUCACAGGUCUGGCGCAGACUUUGACUCUCCGCGAGACCAUUCACCCGCAAUGCCUUCACGACUGAGGGACUCUCACAGUCCACAGCCUGUUUUCGCACAGCCACAGCAAGACCCAUUGGCUAGCAUGAUGCGACCCAAAGCUCAGCAAGCACCAAGAUCAGCACGCGACAUGCUUAGCAGGCAAGUAGCGGAAGACCAAGCUUCGCAAGCAUACGUCUCCUCGGCUCGUAGGCGGAAACCACAAGCUCCAGCACCUUCGUCUCAAGACAAUGCUGAAUUACUUGAUGAUUCCUCUUCUUGGCCGUCACAAAAUUUACCAGCAAGACAAGUCACAAGAUCAGCACCACCUCGACAACAAUCAAAACUGCCAGUCAAGCCUGCAACGCCAAUUCAAACACGUCCUCCUCCGCCUUCCCGUACAAUUCCGCAAAUUAGUCCGAUCGCCCUCAAGGCUUCACACACCGCUCGUGCCCAAGGAAACGACUACUUCAAACGAGGUGACUAUUCUUCCGCCCACGAAUCAUACAGUACAUCGCUACGGCAUAUCCCUACUUCGCAUCCUCUACAGAUUGUCCUUUUGACCAACCACUCCCUCACAGCUCUGCGGACAGGUCAACCAAAAGUGGCUAUCUCGGAUGCAGACCAGGCGAUCACACUUAUCGGGCCAUCGAAGGGCGAAGCAGAAAAUAUCGACAUCAUGAACGAUGAUGGCAAGACCAUUGCGAAACCAAUGCGCGAAUAUUAUGGCAAGGCACUCAUGCGAAAGGCCGAAGCACUAGAAAGUCUCGAAAAGUGGUCCGAAGCUGCAACAGUUUGGAGAAUAUGUGUCGAGGAUGGCCAUGGAGGUGCAGCGGCAAUUCAAGGACGUGCUCGAGCUGAAAAAGCUGCUGCUCCCAAGGCUGCCACUUCAGCUCCUGCGCGACGGCCCCCAACCCGUGCCGCUCCAAGAACUGCACCUGUAUCUACCAAACCUGCCGCUGCUGUAUCUGCGUUACGUGCGCAGAAUCAAGCUGCUGAGAAGCUGGACGAUGAGAAAUUUGCAUUAGCAGAUGUCGUUGCAGCUCGCAUUACUGGCUGGAAAGGUGGUAAAGAAGGCAACCUGCGAGCCCUACUUGCAAGUCUAGAUACUGUCCUCUGGGAAGGCGCGGGCUGGAAGAAGAUUGGUAUGGCUGAUCUGGUUCUGCCGAACAAAGUCAAGAUCCACUACAUGAAAGGAAUUGGGAAAUGUCAUCCUGAUAAAAUUCCAACGGACGCGACGACUGAGCAGAGGAUGAUUGCUGCUGCUGUCUUUAGCACAUUGAACGAGGCGUGGGAUAAAUUCAGGACAGAGAACAAUUUAUGA